UCUGUGAUACUAUCAUCUAAACAUUUGUUUUGCAUAGACAAUUUGUCAUCUUAAAAAUGUAUACAUUGUAAUCGCGCUGAACUUCGGCCAUCGUUGUAAGCGGAGAGGGGAUAUUAGGGCACUAGUAAGUCGUGGCAUUCAGUUUACAAUUUUUUCCAUACUAGACGUGCGUUUUCUCGUUGAGCAAAGUAUAGGUACUACAGGUACUAUUGAUUUGCUAUUAAGAUAAGCGAAUUUUACGUCAUCACACAUCUUUAAAAAAUAACAUUUUUUAAACCUAGGUAUGGUAUUAUGCAAUAUUGCAAUUAGUAUUUGGUAAUAUUAACAAUAAAUUACAAAUUAUAUUUUUCAUUACGUACUUGCCUCGAGACGUCGUAUUGUUUUUCAAGUGAUUUUCAAUUUUUUUUAUUUUAAUACAAAUCAUUAAUACUAGGUAUCUAGGUAUUUUUUUUUUUUGUAUUUCUUUAUUGUAUUUUGCAAAAUGUCAAAUAACCGAUACGUAAGCAAUUCAUCGCGAGGAAUAUUUGAUGACGAUGACGAUGUAGAUGACAAUGAAUUUUUGUCCCGUGUUCGACCCAACGUUGACUAUAGAAAUGACCUUAUGGGCAACAAUUUUGGCAAUCAAGAAUUAGAAAAUGCUCAUAGACAAAAACAACAAGUUAUUGAAACAACAAGAGAUGUAGAACAAAGAACUUUACAGUCUACAGAAAGAACAUUACGUUUACUCAGAGAGUCUGAAAAUAUUGGUACUGCUACCGCCGAAGAAUUGGUCAGACAAAGAGAACAGCUACAAAAUACUGAUAAACGGCUUGAUGAAAUUAAUUCUAAUUUACGUGUCAGCCAAAAGCAUAUACAAGGAAUUAAAAGUAUUUUUGGAAGUUUUAAAAAUAUGCUCAGUGGUAAAUCAAACUUACCACCACGUAGUGCAUCAACUGAAGUCGAGCCAACAGGGUCUCCAUUAACAAAUGAAGUGCGUAGAAGUACAUUAAGUGAAACCUUAACGCAAGCAAAUUCUAAUAUUAGCUCUAUGGAUCAACAUCCUGGUUUAAGAAUCAGAGGAUUGGUAGAUAACGAAUCAACUACACCAACUGAUGUACAAUCUAGUUUAGAUAACAAUUUGGAUGAAAUUCUUGGAUCAGUAACGCGAUUAAAAGGUUUAGCAUUGGGACUUGGUGGAGAAAUUGAUUCUCAAAACGAUUUAGUUGAAAACAUCCUUGGUAAAGCAGACAAAGCUGACAUAAAUAUGGAACGUCAAAACAAAGAGAUAAAUCGUAUUUUAAAAAAAUAAUCUAUUAUAUCGAGCAACAUUCCUAUCACAUUAGUUAUAAUUUUAGAAUAAGAUUCCUAUUAUAAUUAAUGAUAAUAUUUAUACAUUUAUUAUGGGUUUUCUCUAUUAUGCUUAUAUAUUAUCAAUUUUUUAUGUUAGCUAUGAAGUAUUAGAAUCAUUGAAGUAUCAUAAUAUGUGUCAAUUACAUUAAUGAAGUAAAAAUGUUGUAUCAAUUAUAUUAUAUACUCUUUAGUCAUUUGUAUACUAAUUAAUAAUGUAUUUGCACAAUAAUUAUAUGGUGUUUAUAUCUUUCAUAUUAAUAAUUAUAAUUUGUAUUAUAUACAAU